AUGUCCAUCUCGUCAAUGUCAACGAUGAAUGGGAAUGAGUUACAACCAUUGCGACGUCAAAGGGAGCCAACAAUGCAGGAACUUUUCACGCCGCGUAUCAAAGAACGCGGCUCCAUAUCACCUGAUCAAGCACUGAUACACAUGAUAAAGGUGAUGAUGGGUACAGGAAUGCUGUCGCUUCCGUUAGCGUUCAAACACUCUGGACUUUGGUUGGGCUUAAUCCUUCUUGCCUGUAUCUGCUCGAUAUGUAUUUAUUGUACACGACAACUCGUCUUUGCCCAACACUACCUCGCCUACCUUAAGUCGCAACCACGCCUGGACUAUGCGAACGUCAUGCGAUCAGCCGUUGAAAUUGGGCCGCCAUGGAUCAGAGAUCAUGGAUAUUUCUGGAAGCAGGUGGUCAAUGUAAAUAUGUUCUUGGCACAGCUUGGUUUCUGUUGUGUGUACUUCGUUUUUAUGGCAGAUAACUUAAAACAGUUUUUUGACCAAACGUCAAACAUUCAUAUUUCGCAAGCCGGUUGGAUCGCUCUUCUUCUGGUCCCUAUAAUGGGACUGUGCACCAUUAGAGAGCUUAAGGCACUAGCUCCUCUGGCAGCCAUAGCAAAUGUUGUCUACCUCAUCGCCGUUUGUAUAGUUCUCCAACAGCUCUUUCAAGUCGAACGGCCAAGCUGGACUUUGCCGGCUGUCGGCAAUUGGUCCACACUGCCGCUUUUCUUCGGCACCGUUAUGUUUGCUUUUGAAGGUGUAGCCGUGGUCCUCCCUAUUGAAAAUCAAAUGGAUGAGCCAUUGCACUUCAUCACUUACAAUGGUGUACUAAAUACUUCAUGUUUACUUGUUCUCAUACUGUACAUGAUAGUAGGAUUUUUCGGCUACUUACGAUUUGGAGAUGGCGUUAUGGACACCUUAACGUUGAACUUACCGCAGACAAAUUUCUAUCAAACUAUCAAAUUAAUGUUUGUUGCGUGUAUACUCGUUUCCUAUCCUUUGCAAUUCUAUGUGCCUAUGGAGCGAGUCGAGAAAUGGAUCAAGCGAAAGGUAGCUGUAGAGCGACAAGAGAAGCUGAUCUAUGGUGUAAGGAUGGGUGGAGUGAUUUUUACCUGCUUUAUGGCAGAGCUGAUACCACAUCUAGCACUAUUCAUAUCACUAGUUGGUUCAGUAGCUGGUACAUCUCUGACACUGGUGUUUCCACCAAUGAUUGAGUUGUUGUGCUCUUAUUCCAGAGAUUCGCUAAAUCCAUGGAUUUGGAUACGGAACCUUUCUCUUAUGGCAUUCGCUGUCUUUGGUUUCGCUACUGGUACCUACGCUAGCGUUGUGCAAAUUGUUGAUGCAUUCGGCAAAUCGGAUGUCUGA